AUGGCGACCUUUAGGGAGCGGUAUGUGCGCCUGCGCAGAGAGGGGGCGAGCGUCGCCUUUCGUUCCAUGGCCGGUGUUGGAGGCGACGCUUGGCGCGCCUGCGCAAAGCAAGCGAGUUGUCGCCUCUCGUGGCAUGGCGGCCAUGUGGCCCUAGGAGCUGCGCCUGCGCAGAGCGAAAAGAAGCCCCCCAAGGGGGGUGAAAGUUCAAAGGUGGGCAAGAUGGCGGCGCCCAUGUUGCAGCGCCCAGAGGGCUUUCUCAGGGCCCCCCCAGAAAGGUGCUGGGCCCCCCCCAGGGUGCCCCUUCUUUUCGCACCAGAGGCCUGUUCACAGGGUGCUCACGAAAGGACCAGGCUGCCCCUGCCAACCCCAGGCGAGGCCCCCCCGGGGCCCCCCCACAGCACCUUCCUGGCCCUCCCCCCGGGCUUCCCUUCUGCGGGAUCCUCCCGAGGCCUGGCCAAAGCAGCCGGGAGGAAGACCACCAGGGAGAUCAAAGAAGCCGACGACGUUGCCCCCAUCUUCCAGUACGUGGGGGGGCAAGCCAAGAGGAAGGACCGGGUCUUCGUCUGGGGCUUCUGCCACUCGGGGGCGUUGGGCAUCCCCAACUUCAUUGUGCCCGACGCUGGGUGGAAGAAGCGGAGGAAGAUCCAACCCACUCCUUAUCGCCUGGAUGUGGAGGAGAAGAUCUCUUCUGCUGCCUGUGGCUAUGGUUUCACACUGCUGUCCUCCCGGACGACGGACCUCACCAAGGUCUGGGGCAUGGGGCUGAACAAGGAUUCCCAGAUCGGAUUCCAUCGGAGCAGGAGCAAUCGGGCAAAAGGCUACGAAUACGUCUUGGAACCCAGCCCCAUCCCGCUGCCCCUGGACCAGCCGCAGCAGACCCGGGUUUUGCAGGUGUCCUGCGGGAGAGCGCAUUCCUUGGUGCUGACGGAUGCUGAAGGAGUCUUCAGCAUGGGCAACAACUCCUAUGGCCAGUGCGGCCGGAAAGUGAUUGAAGGCGAAAUUUACAGCGAGAGCCAGCUGAUUAACAGACUGCAAGGAUUUGAAGGUCGCGUCGUCCAAGUGGCCUGUGGGCAGGACCACAGCCUCUUUCGGACAGAGAGGGGCGAUGUCUACUCCUGCGGGUGGGGAGCUGACGGCCAAACAGGCCUCGGCCAUUACGACAUCGCCAGCGCCCCCACAAAGGUCGGCGGUGACAUCGCCGGCGUCCGCAUCGUUCAGGUUACCAGCUACGGCGAUUGCUGCCUUGCCGUGUCGGAAGACGGCGACCUCUUUGGCUGGGGGAACUCCGAGUACCUGCAGCUGGCUUCAAUUACUGAGUCAACCCAGGUCAACGUGCCAAGACACCUGCCCUUCAAGGUCGGGAGAGUGAAGGAGGUUUCCUGUGGGGGGACGGUCAACGCCCUCUUGAACGAGGAGGGCCACGUCUUCGUGUGGGGCUACGGGAUCCUCGGGAAAGGACCGAAGCUGAUGGAAACCGCUACCCCCGAAAUGAUCCCACCCACCCUCUUUGGCUCGUCGGACCUCAACCCAGACAUCCGCGUGGCUCGGAUCCGUUGUGGACUCAACCAGUUUGCUGCGAUCACCAACCGCGGAGAGCUCUUCGUGUGGGGCAAGAACGUGCGCGGAUGCCUGGGGAUUGGCAGAAUGGAAGACCAGUACUUCCCAUGGAGGGUGACGGUGCCAGGCGAGGUGGUGGACGUGGCGUGUGGCGUCGACCACAUGGUCACUCUGGCGAAAUCCUUUGUUUAGCAGAAGCGCCUGACCAGGCCGGGAAAAUACGACCGUUUUAUGAACGUUUUCUGCUUGGCAAUAUCGUCGGCCCUGCUGUCGUGAUGCCGGCCGGUCCCAGAGUUCCUUGCAAGCGGAUUAAGGGAGAACAAGCCGUAGUGGCCGCCCCGAGGGGAGCAGCAGAAGUGUGCCAUUUCGGACGCUGGGCCUACACUGCCCAAACCAGCCCCCUCGCGGACUUCGGAACCGAAGACUCUUGUUCGACGGGGUUGGAAUCGAGAGUUUUACCUCCGCAAAUAAUUGCUGAGGACUUGGGAAAGUGUGAGGGAAGGGUGUGAGGCUGAGUCCAAACAACUGGGGCUGUUGAAUGAUCUAUCAUGUUCCAAGGAUGCUCUUCCGAGAUGACCACGGAACGCCGUUUUUCUUUCGAACGUUCAACUCAUUAUCGUAACGAGCAACUCACAAAAGUCUGUCUGACUCCCGUUCCACAAAAGGGAGAGACGUCUCAGGACGCUGUAGAAAAGCUUCUCGUACAAAAGCCCGACGCGUUUCGGCUUCUGGUUUCUUUAAGGUCCUUCUUCAGGUUUUUAUCAAGUCUGCACAAAUGAUUAACCACAAAUAAGUCUUGUGACGGCGGCUAGAAGUCCUUAAAAACAACAACCAGGAGGCGGAAACGCGUCGGGGCUUUUGAACAAGAAACUUUUCUACUUUCUGCGUCAUUGUGCAAGAGCCCUUCUCUUGUUUCCGACACGCCAGAAUUCUCAGCCGUUCUGGCUCGGCCUUUCGUAACCGUCGCGUUUUCCCGUCACAUCGACGAACGGAAAAAGUAACGAACAACACGGUUGCGUUUAGCUUCAGAGCUGAAUGUCAGAAAACCUUCAAAGUUGUUUAAUGCCAAAGAUUUCACCCUCUCCCUCUCCUCCCCCCCACUUGGAGAUACUUUUUUUUAAAAAAUUAUUUUCUUAAAAGCUAUCAGGAGUUAUUUGCCUAUUCAGCAGUCUUUGAGAGUUUCUCAUUUCCUUCAUGGCACGGCAAUCGUUCUCCCAUGCUCUCUUUGGAGUAAAAUAAAAGAUGAAAAUAAAAAUUACCCCCCUCCCCCAAGAAAAUACUGAGAAGAAGAAUUCUUUGUCGUAAAAUGCACCCAAAGUUGCCUCCAAAUGGUUCCUAAUGUUUUUCGCCUUGACUGACUUGGAGUGCAUUGAUUACACCGUUUAUAUUUUCUUCUGGUACCUAUGGAAGAAACAAAAUGGCAAAUUAUGAUUGAAAUGCACAAAUCUAGGGAUAAAAAGAUUAAAAGUCAACUGGGCACUAGAUGGAUAAUGCUACUUCUAAUAAACUGAUUAAAGAUAUUUUAUUUAUGUA